AUGGUAUUUUUCCUCGUUGUAACGUACAUCCUGACUGUUAUCUCCAUGGCCUCAACAAACCCAAUCAUUGACGAGGAAUGGGAAAGCUGGAAGCAGGAGUAUGGGAAGAGCUACCCUAGUCUGGAGGAAGAUCAGGCCAGGAAGGAAAUUUGGCUGGACAACCUGGAGAAGAUUGAAGCUCACAAUGCUCUGUAUCGCCAUGGAAAUUCUAUGUAUGAAAUGGCCAUGAAUCGCUUUGGAGACUUGACGCCAAUGGAGUUUGAGCAUUUGUUCACUGAUGCAAGGAUUUCUGAAAUGGCAAAUUAUACAAAUGUUGCGUUGUCAGAUUUUGGAGGAACUGGAAGAAAUCACCAGAUUUUGGAGGAACUGGAUGAGAUGGAGGAUGUUGCUCAGUUUCCCAAAGAUGUGGACUGGCGUCGAAUGGGCUAUGUUAGUAAUGUAAAGAACCAGGGUUACUGUUUAUCCUGCUAUGCGUUUACUGCAGUUGGAGCUCUGGAAGGUCAGUUGGCCAGGAAAACCAACCAACUCGUGGACCUGAGUGUACAAAACAUCAUUGACUGUUCUGAUGGAUAUAAGAAUUAUGGGUGCAAUGGAGGCUUGCCAUACCGUGCCUUUGAAUACGUGCGAGACCAUGGUAUUCAAUCUGAUCAGUCAUACCCGUACCAAGCAAAGAGGAAUAAUGAGUGCUUAUUUAAUAGCUCGAAGAGUGUCACCAAAGUUAAAGGAUUCAGAAGGAUUAAGAGCUAUACUGAGAAAGAAUUAGCUGAAUUAGUGGCAAAUGUUGGACCAAUUUCAGUACUUAUUCGUUCAUCACAUGAUUCCUUCAAAUUUUACAGAUCAGGUAUCUUUGAGAAUGUUGACUGCAACAGUAAGAAAAUUGAUCAUUCAGUGCUCGUGGUGGGGUAUGUGGAUGAACAUCCAAAAGGCUAUUGGAUCAUUAAAAACAGAAAUGAGGUGACAAUUCUUGGAACAUACCACACAAUCCAGAAACCAGUCAGAGACUGCCAAUCAAGUGGCUCGGAAGAGUUAAGCACGACAGCAGUUGCCAUGCAGCCAAAGUAUAAAAUCAGGCUGAAAACCCUUAUCGUGGUGGUGUCAUCGGGAUUAAAACAAUCAAUAGAAUUCAUGCUGGAAGUGGAUCAGUCUUAG